AUGACGGCAGUCGAACGACUCACAAAGCAGAAUCAUGAUUUGGAGGAACAGCUACGUCAAAGGGAUGCAGGACCUAACCCUCAGGAACGAAACCAGGAAGGUGACAGUGCCGAGCGAAGGGAGCAGGAGAACCCAGAGGACAGCAACAUCCCAAGCCGACAGGAGCGGCAAAACGAGAGCCUUCCGUCUCUCACGGAUCUUGCCCCCCCACCUAUUGUCGCGGAGAUGCAGGCAAUGAAGGAGCAGAUGGAGGUCAUGAUGAAUGCCCUCAAGGGGCGGGUAUCCUCCGACCUCGACGAUUUAGUGAACAGGAUCGACUUACCAUUCACUACGACCGUCAACUCAUCCCCUUUGCCAUUGAAGUUCCGAAUGCCUCAUAUCGAAAGUUACGACGGGGUCAAGGACCCCCUCGAUCAUCUAGAGACCUUCAAGACCCUGAUGCACCUUCAGGGGGUACCUGACGAGAUCAUGUGUAGGGCGUUCCCAACCACACUGAAGGGACCUACGAGGGUUUGGUUCAAUAGACUGACACCGAACUCCAUCAAUACUUUCAAGGAGUUGAGCGCCCAAUUCACCUCCCACUUCAUAGGCGGACAUCGGUACAAGAGGUCCACCGCGUGCUUGAUGAGCAUCAAGCAGCGAGAAGACGAGACGUUGCGAGCCUACAUAACCCGUUUCAACAAAGAAGCCCUUUCGAUCGACGAAGCGGACGAUAAGAUACUCGUAGCCGCGUUUACAAGCGGGCUACGAAAGGGGAAGUUCUUGUUCUCCUUGUACAAGAACAACCCGAAGACCAUGGUGGAUGUACUCUACAGGGCUACUAAGUAUAUGAAUGCAGAAGAUGCACUACUGGCCCGCGAAGAGAAACCUAAGAAGAGGGAGAGGCAGGAGGAUAUGCGACAAGAUAGGGGGCAAAAGGUCGCUAGAACCGGGGAUCAGCGUGAUGAAAGGCGCUUCAGACCCCUCACAGGAAGAUUCACCAAUUUCACCCCAUUAACCGCCCCAAUCGACCAAGUAUUGAUGCAAAUCAAAGAUGAAGGAGCAUUGACAUUCCCAGGGAAGUUGAAAGGAGAUCCCAACAAAAGACCAAGGGACAAGUAUUGUCGCUUUCACCGGGACCACGGGCAUGACACUGCUAACUGCUAUGACCUGAAGCAGCAGAUUGAGGCACUGAUCAGACAGGGAAAGUUACAAAGGUUCGUCAGCAGGGAAAAGACCGACAAACCGGAAGAACAGACCCCACGACGAGAGAACGAGCGCCCCAGACCACCAAUAGGGGACAUUCGGAUGAUAAUAGGGGGCACAGUUGAAGCCGGGUCUUCCAAAAAAGCCCGCAAAACCUACCUUAGGACGGUCCAUAGCGUCCAACUCACAGGAUCCGUACCGAAGAUGCCACGAAUAGGUAACCCCGUCAUACACUUUUUAGAGGACGAUGCUCGGAGACUUCAUCAUCCUCAUGACGAUGCGCUGGUGGUCAGCCUACAGAUUGGGGAUUAUAAUAUGCAUCGGGUACUCGUCGACAACGACAGCUCAGCGAACAUCCUGUACUAUCCAGCAUUCCAGCAGAUGAGAAUUGACAGGGAACAAUUGUCCCCAACGAAUGCCCCACUCGUAGGAUGUGGGGGCACAAAGAUAUUCCCUUUGGGCGCAAUAAUGCUAACAGUAACAGCAGGUGACUAUCCUCAGCAAAUCACCAGGGAAGUAACAUUUCUCGUAGUCGACUGCUCGUCUGCCUACAACGCCAUCCUCGGCCGACCAACUCUCAAUUCCUGGAAGGCGGUAACUUCAACGUACCACCUAAUGAUUAAAUUCCCGACGGAGUACGGGGUAGGAGAGCUGCGGGGAAAUCAAGUCGCUGCCCGAGAGUGCUAA